UUAGUCAAUCCCUAGUCUCUACCCUAUCCCCUUCCCACAACUUCAUCUUUUCCUGCUUUAUUCCUUUCACCAAAUACAUAUUCAAUAUUAUGGAAUAAAGCAACACCUAAGUUUCUUGAUAACUUGCAAAUAUAACCAAAACCCUAGCUUGAUUGACCAACUUUUUGACACUUGCUACUUAAAAAACCUUAUACAUGUUUCCCAAAAGCAACCCUUUUUCCUACACCUCACAAGAAUUGCUUAAACAUUCUUAUGCACAUGAUGCUUAUCAUCAAAACCCUAAUUCAACUUCAAUAAUAGUAGAAGAUCAUCCUUUUUUCUUGAAUAACUUUCCUUCUCCAUUUCUUGAUGACCAUGAAUCCCCAUUAAGCCAAAUCUUUUCCCAUCAACAGCAACAAGAGCCAGAGGCUAACGUGAAAAUCAUAGAAGACCAGAGUUCAAAUCCCAGCAAGAAAAUGCAGGCUGAGCCUGUAUCACCAUCAUCAAAGAAGAGAAAACUAAGUGCAAAACCGCGAAGGAGAACAGGAAAAAAGGAUAGGCAUAGCAAGAUUUGCACUGCUCAAGGUGUGAGAGAUCGGAGAAUGAGAUUAUCCCUUCAAAUAGCGCGUAAGUUCUUCGAUUUACAAGACAUGUUAGGGUUUGAUAAGGCAAGUAAAACUAUAGAAUGGUUGUUUUCCAAGUCCAAGAAUGCAAUCAAAGAGCUCUCAAGAAACAUCCCACAAGAGAUCAAUAAUAGUAUAGGUGAUCAAAACAACAUAAUGAGUGAGUCCCAUAUAUUGGAAUGUGAAGAUCAUAGAAAAUUGAGAAAAAUGGAGUUAAAAGACAAGGCUAGAGCAAAGGCAAGGGAGAACACCAAAGAAAAAAUGAUGAUCAAAGGCAAUAAAAAGGGGAAAGAAUUGUAUGAAACAAACCCUAAAAAUGUUGAAGCCAAUUCUCAAACUCUUGAAAAUAAAUUUGCUAAUGUUGGGAUCAUGGAAAGUUACUUAGGGGGUACAAGUUCCUCAAUUAGUUCUAUAUUUGAUUAUCAGAAUAGUGGAGUCAGAGGAGGCAAUAUAGAUUAUUUUGACAAUUGUUACAUGGGAUUUCUUGAAAAUUGGGACAGCAAAAAUUCCAACAGCAGCUGUAGUACUACAAUGACAAACGAGGUACAAAUCCCAGUUGCAGGUAAUAAUAACACUAGCUCAAUUUAUUUGGACAAUUCCAGGUAUCAAUUUCAGUUUCUGGACCAAGAAAAUCAUUUCUCCUGCAGACAUUAGGACUGGAAUAAACUGUAAUUUCAUAUUCUAGAUUUUAUUGUGUUACUAUAUCUUAUGUUACAACCUGUUUUUUCUCCUCUCUUUUUAUUUAUUUUUGAUUUAUGGAAUAUGGCAAAGUCUGGUAUUUUGGACUUUGCUGCUUGAA